AUGACUUCUUCAAUAAGGGAAGAAGCUGUCUUCCCACGACCAUCAAGUCAUGAGAUUCAAUCAACUUGGAAAUCCCUUUUCUCUGAUCCUCUGAUAUCGCCUAGUCGACUGAAAGCAACUGCCUUGACGAAAGGUGGAUUAGGUGAAUCAGCUGCUGAUGGGGGUGUGAUACUGCGGUCUGUCUAUUGGCGCUUCUAUCAUAAUUUAUUACCACCACCGACUUCUCCAUCUCUAUUUCCUGCUUCACUUCAAUCUUCGCGAGAAGCAUACAACUCGCUCCGUAGAAGGUAUCUUAUCGCCCCAGAUGGAAGGUGGGCAUCGGACUGUACUGGAUCCGGAGACCAGCCAUCACCUGGUCCUUCAGCUGGUUCCAGCUCAUCACAACCAAGCUCAUCAAAAAGGGAAGGAUGGGAUCCAUUAUCUCUGGAUAGCUCAUCGCCUUGGAAGACAUGGUUUGCACACGUUGAUCUCAGGUCGACAAUAUCUCAAGAUGUAGAAAGGACUUUUCCUGAUAUACCAUAUUUCCAAUCACCUAAAGUAAGACGAUGUCUUACCACUUCAUUAUUUCUCUUCUCGGUUCUAAAUCCCGAUGUGGGAUAUCGACAAGGUAUGCACGAGCUCCUAGCUUGCUGCUUCUUGGCUAUCGAUAGGGACAGUUUAGAUCACAAGGAAAGAACGAAGAAUGGAGAAGAUGGAAAAGAUGAAGCUAUGUGGUGUACAUUAGAUAACAACUACGUCGAACAUGAUGCUUUUCAACUUUUUCAAGCUAUCAUGAAAGGCGCCAAGGAAUUUUAUGAAUGGAGAGCUGAAGAAGGUCCAAUAAGGAACAAAUCAGCUACUGCACCUCAAGCACCUAUCAUAACGCGUUGCAACUAUAUACACACAAGUCUGAUAAGGAGGAUCGAUCCUCAAUUGUGGGAACGACUAGAAACGGAAGGUGUAGAAGCUCAAAUAUGGGCAAUUCGUUGGAUACGUCUGAUCUUCACCCGAGAAUUACCUUUUUCACUAGCUAUGCGGAUAUGGGACGGCGUUUUUGCUGAAGAUCCAGGACUGGGUUUGUUGGAUUUUAUCUGUGUAGCAAUGUUAUUACUCAUACGGAACGAGCUCAUUGAAGCCGACUAUCCUACUCUUUUGACUCAAUUACUUCAUUAUCCUUCUCCUUCCACGUCUUACCCGUUUGAACCUUUCCUCGUACUGUCUCAAGCCCUUUUUCUGAGAAACAAUAUCUCACCAGCGGCCGGCGUAGAAAUCGUCAUUCAGAAUCAGGAUAUUCUGGGGGUCAAAGCUUCUCCACCUGAGCGCUCAGAAGAAGAAAGAGUGAUACUUAAUAGUAGGAACAGAGGAGGUAUGAUCAGUAGGGGGUCGGGUAGGGGCAGUCGGGGUAGAGCAGGAAUGGGUGGAUUAGCUCAAGGUAUAUUCGAGAGAGCGCAAGCAGCAGGUUUGGACAAAGCUUUUCUUGCUACCGUAUCUGAUUUGAGGAAGAACCUCCCUGAUUCAGCCACCGCAUAUUCGUAUCUUCCCAAUCUUCCAUUUUCACCCUCAGGUACACCAUCCCGAGAAAUAGGUUCAUUCUCAACUAUCCCUUCAACAGCGUCUGCUUUACCGCGAUCUUUCACCCCUUCUCCUACUUCCAUCCCCAACCAACAAGUCAUCCCCCGACCGGCUAUACCAGCCCAAUCAUCGGUAGAAAGCGUAGCUACCGAACAAUCGUCGAAAGAUGCGGAGUUGGAAAUGGCUGAAUUGAGAUUAGCUAUGGUAGGAAUGGGUAAAGCGAUGUCAGAAUGGUUAUCACUCUUACGACCAUCUUCAACUGAGCUUGAUGGAUCUGACCGUAAAGGAGAGGAAGAAACUGCGGAAGAUGAGAAUGCUUGGCGUGGCUUGGAAAAGAUCAAGAACAGUCUAUUGGACGCGGCAGGAAAGGAAACUGAGCAAAUUGUCAGAGAAUGGGCAUGGCAUGAAGGUCUUGAAACCCCUCAAUCUAGAUCUACCACACCAGCCCCUUUGGAUAUUUCAGAUCAAUCACCACAUACGGAGAAUGUACCUCUAGCGAUGUCGGAUAACAUACAAUGCCUUGCACCUCAGAAAGAGGUACAAGUGGGAGAAGGUACCCUUGAGAUCGAAGACACGACCCCUACCUUACCUAAUUUCUCUACCAUGCCUCUUCCGGCGUCCUUCCCGUCACCAUCAAUCUCUGCUCCUUUUCCUUCCAAUCCUCGUAGAAACGAUGUUUCCCAAACUAUCAAACCCACGUUGAACUUGUCAUCGAGAUCCAACACCCCGUCGACCGGGUUACCAAGAGUACCCAUGACUGCUCCUUUACCUGCUACGUCUUCAAGACUCGAAUCCACCACGAGUCAAAGUAGAAGACAGGAGCGAGAGGAGAUGCCAGCUGAGAUCAAAGAAGGGGUGGACGGUGAUCCACUAGCUGGAUUGGGAGUCACUCAGAGAGGAAAUAAUGAAGGAUGGAAAAAGGAUAAACGUUCUUCUGUAGCGUCUGCUACCGUCGAUCCGUUGCUAGGUGUAGGAGUUAGAUAA